UGACUGGGUUCAUAUUAGUGCUCAAGAGCCUCACUAUUUGCCACCUGAGAUGCCUCCAGGCUCAUACAUGAUAGUGGAGUCUUCACACCACAGCCACGGAGAAAAGGCUCGACUCCAGCUUCCUACAAUGAAAGAAAAUGAUACUCACUGCAUUGAUUUCAGCUACCUUUUGUACAGUAAGAAAGGAGCAAGUCCUGGAACUCUGAACAUCUUGGUCAGGGUAAACAAGGGACCUCUGGCUAAUCCCAUUUGGAAUGUGACAGGCUCUACUGGCAAAGACUGGCUGCGAGCAGAGUUGGCUGUGAGCACCUUUUGGCCAAACGAAUACCAGGUAAUAUUUGAGGCUGAAGUCUCAGAUGGGAGAAAUGGCUACAUUGCCAUUGAUGACAUCCAGGUUCUGAGUUACCCUUGCGAUAAAUCUCCUCAUUUCUUGAGGCUUGGGGAUGUGGAGGUCAAUGCAGGCCAGAAUGCUACAUUUCAGUGCAUUGCUACGGGGAGGGAUGCUGUGAAUAACAAGUUAUGGCUGCAGAGGCGAAAUGGAGAAGAUAUUCCAGUGGCUCAAACUAAAAACAUAAAUCACAGACGAUUCGCUGCUACUUUUAAGCUUCGGGAAGUGACAAAAACGGAUCAGGAUCUAUAUCGCUGUGUUACUCAGUCUGAGAGAGGAUCUGGAGUCUCUAACUUCGCUCAGCUUAUUGUUCGAGAACCACCUCGACCAAUAGCACCCCCACAGCUGCUUGGAGUUGGACCAACUUAUUUGCUGAUUCAGUUGAAUGCUAAUUCCAUUAUUGGAGAUGGGCCUAUUAUCCUGAAAGAAGUGGAAUACCAUAUGACAACUGGGACCUGGACAGAAACCCAUGCUGUAAAUGCACCAACUUAUAAGCUGUGGCAUUUGGACCCGGAUACAGAAUAUGAAAUCCGUGUUCUUCUGACCAGACCUGGAGAGGGUGGCACUGGGCAACCAGGCCCACCGCUUAUCACCCGAACCAAAUGUGCAGAGCCCAUGAGAACACCGAAAACACUGAAGAUUGCUGAGAUCCAGGCCCGACGUAUUGCUGUGGAUUGGGAGUCCUUGGGUUACAACAUUACUCGCUGCCACACAUUUAACGUCACAAUUUGUUACCAUUACUUCCGGGGCCAUAAUGAAAGCAAGGCAGACUGCUUGGAUAUGGAUCCCAAAGCGCCCCAGCACAUUGUUAAUCAUCUGCCUCCUUACACAAAUGUGAGCCUUAAAAUGAUCCUAACUAAUCCCGAAGGAAGAAAAGAAAGUGAAGAGACGAUUAUCCAAACAGAUGAAGAUGUGCCUGGUCCUGUACCUGCAAAAUCAUUAAAGGGAACUCCUUUUGAAGACAAGAUCUUCCUAAACUGGAAAGAACCUGUGGAUCCAAAUGGUAUCAUCACACAGUAUGAGGUCAGUUACAGCAGUAUAAGAUCAUUUGAUCCGGCAGUUCCAGUGGCCGGGCCUGCUCAAACUGUGGCAAAGCUCUGGAAUAGUACACAUCAUGUCUUUUCCCAUCUACACCCUGGAACUACCUACCAGUUUUACAUAAGGGCUAGCACGAUCAAAGGGUUUGGACCAGCUACAGCAAUUAAUAUUACCACCAACAUCUCAGCUCCCACUCUACCUGAGUAUGAAGGGAUUGAAUUCAUUCUUAAUGAAACUGCCACAACCAUAACAGUACUGUUGAGACCAGCACAGGCCAAGGGUGCGCCUAUCAGUGCCUACCAGAUUGUUGUUGAAGAGCUGCAUCCUCAUCGAACGAAACGAGAAACUGGAGCAAUGGAUUGCUACCAGAUUCCUGUCACGUAUCAUAAUGCUCUGAGUGGUGGCUCGCCAUAUUAUUUUGCUGCAGAACUGCCACCCGGUAACCUUCCUGAACCAGCCCCUUUCACAGUUGGUGAUAACAGAACCUAUCAAGGCUUCUGGAAUCCACCUUUGACUCCUCGCAAGGGAUAUAACAUCUAUUUUCAAGCCAUGAGCAGUGUUGAGAAGGAAACCAAAACUCAGUGUGUUCGGAUAGCUACCAAAGCAGCAACAGAAGAACCAGAGGUCAUUCCAGACCCAGCCAAGCAAACAGACCGUGUUGUGAAAAUAGCAGGAAUAAGUGCUGGAAUUCUAGUCUUUAUUCUCCUCCUCCUCCUGGUCAUAUUGAUUGUCAAAAAAAGGAGGAGCUACUAUUCUUACUCCUACUAUCUCAAACUUGCUAAGAAACGUAAAGAUGCCAUGGGAAACACGAGGCAAGAAAUGACCCACAUGGUGAAUGCAAUGGAUAGGAGUUACGCAGAUCAGAGCACCCUUCAUGCAGAGGAUCCUCUCUCGGUUACCUUUAUGGACUCUCAUAACUUCAGCCCCAGGUGUAAGUGGCAGAGUUGUUUUGUUGUUGCUGUUUCAAGUCGCCUGUUAGAUGUGCCUCGGUACCUCUGUGAAGGAACGGAGUCCCCUUACCAGACAGGCCAACUGCAUCCUGCUAUCAGAGUGGCUGAUUUGCUGCAGCAUAUUAACCUCAUGAAAACAUCUGACAGCUAUGGUUUUAAAGAAGAAUAUGAGAGCUUCUUUGAAGGGCAGUCUGCUUCUUGGGAUGAGACCUGUAAGAAAUCACAGGUGAAAGGGGUAGAAGUUGAAAAGCUUUAAAGCUAUGACCACUCCAGGGUGAUACUGCAACCUGUUGAGGAUGAUCCUUCUUCAGACUACAUUAAUGCUAAUUACAUUGAUGGGUACCAGAGGCCAAGUCAUUAUAUUGCAACCCAAGGCCCAGUCCACGAAACAGUGUAUGACUUCUGGCGAAUGAUAUGGCAGGAACAAUCAGCUUGCAUUGUUAUGGUUACAAAUUUAGUUGAGGUGGGACGGGUCAAGUGUUAUAAGUACUGGCCUGAUGACACUGAAGUGUAUGGGGACUUCAAAGUUACUUGUGUGGAAGUGGAGCCACUUGCAGAGUAUGUAGUUAGAACAUUCACCCUUGAAAGAAGAGCAUACAAUGAAAUACGUGAAGUUAAACAGUUCCACUUUACUGGCUGGCCAGAUCAUGGAGUACCGUACAACGCAACAGGCCUUCUUUCAUUCAUACGCCGUGUGAAACUUUCUAACCCUCCUAGUGCUGGGCCGAUUGUUGUGCAUUGCAGUGCUGGAGCUGGACGAACUGGCUGUUACAUCGUAAUUGACAUCAUGCUCGACAUGGCAGAAAGAGAAGGUGUUGUGGACAUCUACAAUUGUGUCAAAGCACUGCGUUCACGCCGCAUCAAUAUGGUACAGACAGAGGAGCAGUAUAUCUUUAUUCAUGAUGCCAUUCUGGAAGCUUGCUUAUGUGGAGAAACUGCCAUCCCUGUCUGUGAAUUCAAAGCUGCAUAUUUUGAUAUGAUUAGAAUAGACUCUCAGACAAACUCUUCACAUCUCAAAGAUGAAUUUCAGACCCUGAAUUCAGUGACUCCUCGUCUGCAAGCAGAAGACUGCAGUAUAGCAUGCCUGCCAAGGAACCAUGACAAGAACCGCUUUAUGGAUAUGCUGCCACCUGACAGAUGUCUGCCUUUCUUAAUCACUAUUGAUGGCGAGAGCAGCAACUACAUCAAUGCUGCCCUUAUGGAUAGCUACCGACAACCUGCAGCUUUCAUAGUUACACAGCAUCCUCUGCCAAACACUGUGAAGGAUUUCUGGAGAUUAGUUUAUGACUAUGGGUGUACUUCUCUUGUGAUGUUAAAUGAAACCGAUUUGGCACAGAACAAAUGGGGCUGUCCCCAAUAUUGGCCCGAAGAAGGAAUGUUGAGAUAUGGUCCCAUUCAGGUGGAAUGCAUGUCUUGUUCAAUGGAUUGCGAUGUAAUAAACAGAAUUUUCAGGAUAUGCAAUUUAACAAGGCCUCAAGAAGGCUAUUUGAUGGUACAGCAGUUCCAGUAUCUGGGAUGGGCAUCUCACAGGGAUGUGCCAAGUUCCAAACGGUCAUUCCUGAAGUUAAUUCUUCAGGUUGAAAAGUGGCAAGAAGAAUGUGAAGAAGGAGAAGGUAGAACCAUUAUUCACUGCCUGAAUGGUGGUGGACGAAGUGGAAUGUUCUGUUCCAUUGGCAUUGUAGUGGAAAUGCUUAAAAGACAGAAUGUUGUUGAUGUUUUCCAUGCAGUAAAAACGUUACGGAACAGUAAGCCAAACAUGGUAGAAACACCGGAGCAAUAUCGUUUCUGCUAUGAUGUCGCUUUGGAGUACCUUGAAUCGUCUUAGUGUGAAAGGAGAGAUGCAAUUAUGUGAACCAAAUAAUAUGAAACUCAAUAAACUGUAUUUUGGCAUCGGCUGUUGAGCCUGUGAAGAAAGAUUUUAGUGAAGGGAAGACUUAAUUUUUCAAUGCAGAAGUAUUUUUCUUAAUAAAUGGUGUACCUUAAUAAUGAAAAAGAGGACUAUUUGUUUCCAUGCCUGUAUGCAGUAUGAGGAUUCAGUGCCACAUAAAUAAGGAGGAGCUGAGGCAGAUCACGUCUGUUGCUCUAGGUAGGACUUUUAAGUGUUUGUAUAUUCAGCUGUCUCUCAGUUACACUAGAGUC